AUGCUCCUCCCCUCCGUCUCCCUUUCUCCUGCUGUCUGUCACUCUCGCAGCAUUCUAUCGCUUUAUCACGCGUUCAUGAGUCCCCCCCUUGUGAUGCAAGGUUCCAUGGACGACCUCUCGUGUCUCGCCCCACUCACUCGCCUCAACGACCUGUAUGCUUCACUUCUUUCCAACCCGCCUGUACCUUUAUUCUAUCUCAUCCCCUCCCCCUGCCACCCUUUCCCUCCCCUCUCACUUAUCCCUGCCCGCCCUCCCCUCCCCUCUCACUUACCCUUGCCCGCCCUCCCCUCUCACUCAUCCCUGCCAACCCUCCCCCCCCUCCCCACUCACUCAUCUCUGGCCGCCCUCCCCUCCCUUCUCUCUCAUCCUUACCCACCCAUCUCUUCGUGCUCUGCCAACACCUGCUCCUAUUCAUUGCGCAAUGCUACAGUCUCGCAACUUCCGCACUCACUGCUCGCUGCUGAAGCGUUGCCAAAGGUUGCUACAACGCAACCUGCGCAAGCACCACUUUGGAUCACGUGGGCCGGUCUGAAUGGCUUCACUGGCUCUAUCCCCUCCACCAUCUCCGCCCUCACCAAACUCACUGACCUGUACGCCCUCACCGCCCUCAACCAAUUGGCGCUCUUUUUCAACAACCUCUCAGGGAGCAUCCCUGCUGGGAUCACCAAGCUCAAAGGCUUGCAAGAUCUGUAA